AUGUCUGACUCAAAGCCAUGGAAGCCCUUGACCGAGGAGAAUUUGGUGCAGAUAUCGCGAUCGACCAGAUCUUGCGUGCCAUCUCGUGCAACAAUCACACCAAAUGAUCCUCUCGAGGGUCAAGUACGGCAAUUUACUUCUCUCGUCCACGAUGUUCUUUACACCAGCGGUCUCGCAACACUCAAUGGCUCACAUCGAGUCGCGGCGUGGAACGCCCUGUGCUCGGUGAUCGACCAGGCAAUCAAGUCCGACCUCCCGGAACUUGACGAUGCCCUAUGGACCUUGGAUAUCUGGACUCGGAUCCUGGACAUUUACCUUGGGCAUGCGCAGACUGCCAGGCCCAAGUCAUCUCGGCAGCUGAUGGCCACUUUGACCAAGGCCUUGCAGAAGUCAACGAGCAGAGAUUUGAUAUCGGUCAAGCGCACGAUCACGGAGAGACUUGUGCAGUGUUUGCUCGACUUUCAGGAUCCCUUCAGGGCAAGGGUCAGCGCGCAGCUUUUGGGCCACCUUCUCUUCAAGGAUGUCGCGACGGUCGAAGAUGUAUUGGCUGCUUUCCAAAGAUCGUCUGCGGAUGACUCCGACUCUGGAUUCGAGACGAAAUCCACACGAAUGCUGGUGAUCCUGUUCCAAUGGCUGGGCAAAGGCGACUUCAGCUCUACAAUAUCCCAAUUCGUCUCGAUCCUCCUUGACCAGAUAGAUGCGUCCACCGGCUCGGCCAAAUCCUCCGACGAGCCUCUGUGGGCAGGUCCACUCGCAAGGGCUUUUGGAAGAGGCGCUGUCAAUUUGGAUGAUAUGAGAGUGCAUCUCCUGCCCGCUCUGUUCAAGCGGAGCUUUGCCGACUUCCAGCUUUUCUUGCGAAUGCAGGGGCUCGAAAGUAUUGGAACACCAGAUAGAGCUGGAGAUAAUGGAGCGUCGCAAGAACUGCUCUUUGCAGCAUUGCAGACUGGCAAGGAGAUGGGCUUACUGCAUGAGACAGAGGCUUUGCACAUUUCUUAUGACUCGAAUGUGCUGCUCCUCCCGGUCAGGACGAUUGGCCUGCUUGUUCGAAGAAGCUCUCGCGCAGCACGCUUGACAGGCCUGUCAUUGCUCACCACCUCCCACUCGGCCACACGGCCAAUACCGCUGACGGCACUGAACAUCAUCCGACAGAAUCUCGAUAUCCUUUUCGCUGAUGUGGAUGCCGACUUUCGAAGUGGCGUCUUCAGUGCGCUACAGAGGCUCAUCGAUCGCAUCAGAGCUAUUACAGCAGUGCUUGAGCGACAAGGGAAUCAGUCAAUACCAGACGCAAACUCCAGUGGGGCCAAGCAUACUCUUCAGUACCAUAAAACCUUCCUCAAACAGCUGCUCGACUUUCUGUCCUGGGAGCUUCGACCAACGGCGAGCUACCAACGGCAUAUAUCCUCGCUGAAGUGCAUAUCUUUCUUGGCAAGAUCGGGUCUUGAUGGAUACGUUCCAAAGGACUGCCUUUCAAAGACUGCGCUCGGGGAGACCAAGUGGCCAUUCCGCAUACGCGUCGUGACAGAAGAUGUUCAACGGCUGUUGCUUGACCUCCUUAUGGAUCCCUUUGACGAUGUCCGACAGACUUCGGCAAGCAUACUCGGCUACUACUCAUCAACGACGACCAGCAGCGGAUUGCUCAACAAAGAUUGCGUAGCUACGACUCUGGACAAAGCAGAAGCAAUCAUGCUUGCGACGAGUCGAGCCGAUCACGCCGACGGAGUAGCCCACCUGUAUGCAAUCUGCUAUCAGCGCUGUAGAGGCGACACUGUCAGCGAAAAUCUAGUCUGGGAGUCACCUCGAUCAUUCCUCGAUGCUCUUGUUUCGAAGCUCGAUCUGAUGGCUUUGUUGGCGGAAACAAGCUUAGCCAAGGCUGUGCAGAAAUAUCCAAUGCACGGUCUACUGACCAGCUUGCGAUACAUCGUGCUUCAAGAUCCGAACGUCGUCGAUGCCGAACUAAGCACCCGACUCUUCGAGCUUGUAGUCCAAGUCUGGAACAUCGUAAAGCCAAUCCUCUGUGAUGACGCUCCAGAAGGCUUUGUACCUGAUGCGCUUGAGAUGUCACCGGAGUCUACGAAAGAGACCUUGAGCUAUUGCUGGAGAGCUUUGAAAGAAGCCAGUCUACUCUUAAGCACCCUUGUGUCAUCGCCAGGCGCCUCGGCCGAUCCGGCGUUGUUGGAACGGAUGAGCAACCUCUGUUACACACAACUCGCAGAACUCCGGCAUCGAGGAGCGUUCUCUACUGUAGCACAGACAUGGACAUCAUGCUGUACGCAGUGCCACGAUCUGAAAGAGAGUGCGAGUGGUGUGUGUAUGCUCAAUGUGUGGUACGCCAAAGUCCUCGACAUGCUCAAGAACAACGUCACCAUCAACACCAGGCGAUCAGCCGGUCUACCAUCUCUACUUUGCGGCAUUCUCAUACCAGACAAGUCCGGACAUCUUCUAGCUCAGGCAUUCACCGACAUGGAAGCCAUCGCUCGGCAGGACGUCAACUCCAAAUCCGCUGAAGAAGGCUCUCUCGCACAAGUCCAUGCUAUGAAUUGCCUCAAGGAUAUCCUCAAGACAACAAGAUUGGGUGAGAGGACACAGCAAUACAUCCCCACGGCACUUCAACUUGCUGCCGAUUCUUUGCGGUCGGAGGUAUGGGCUGUGCGCAACUGUGGCCUGAUGCUCUUUCGCGCCGUCAUUGACAGACUGCUCGGCACGAACGAGGCGCAUCUCGAAGACGAUGUUGUCGUCCACAAGCGAAUAUCUGCCGAACAGCACCCAGCGUUGCUAGAUGUGCUCCUUGGCCUCCUGCCGAAGCAGGUCUCGACGUCAGAAGCUCUGUCCACUCGAUACGAGGGCGUCUUUCCUGCUUUACAACUACUACAGUACACCCAAAUACCGGAGUCACGCUUGACAGAGACGAGAGACGCUGUGGCUGAUCUGACUGCGAGUCCUUCCUGGCACGUUAGAGACAAAGCUGCGAGGACAUUGGCCGCGCUGAUGGAGUCCGAUCACAUCCAAGAGCAGCUUGGCAUCCUGUUGAGAAACGACAUCACAACAAGCCAUAAUCGUUCACAUGGGGCUCUCCUGACUGUCAAGUACAUGAUGACCAGACUCACCUCGGUUUCAACCCCACCGACCUCAGAGAACGUGAGGAAGGCUCGCCUGGAUCCGGAAGAUACCUGGCUUCACCUCCUUCAUGCUGUGACUGAAUUCCAGCUCGCCGCACCAUCUUACAUUGUCAAAGCUGCCUGCUUAGACGUCGUGUCGCUCAUGUUGCAGCUUAUCGCGGAGACUAUUCCGUCGCAAUAUCUAUCUGUCUUUCACGACUUCAACAUCGACUUUGACGUGGAAUCGCAUCAUACCAGCGACGCAGCGGUACUCCGACAAGCUUGGGCAAGAUAUGCUGCUCGUCGUAUACGGUACGGCCGCUUCGACGACCAAAAUGAGCCUCUGGGGAUGUACAACAAGGUGCUUCACCUCGCGAGAGGCGAUACUGAUGCUGGCUGUUGCUUUCUUGAAGCGGUCGAUUGGACCUUCGCCAGGGAAUGUAGCUCACGCUGCGAUGAUGACUGCGGUGUCACAAUCGGUUGGUUCUGUGCGGACGUGUUGAGAGACGUCACCUUGCGUGAUCCUCGGCUCAACUCGCUAGCAUACAAGGUUCUGCUAUCCUUGAAAACUGAGCAUGGUGAAUUGCUCCGCACGGAGACAGUCGGCCGUCUCAUCGAGCAGGAAGCCAAGUCGUGCUUCGCCGAUAGCACGACAAAUCAAACUAUUGUCGACCAAACCUUAAAUCUCAGAGCUUUGCAGCUUGAAGAGAUGGCCGGCACAGCAGAAGCGACCGAGGAAGCCACGUUCAAAUGGGCCAACCAAGUCACUGCAGCAAUUGCUGAGCGAGGCAUCCACACACGGGAAGCUGGUGCGACAGCGCUGAGCCGAAUCAUCAAGCUUUGGAAGCACAUGUCUCUUCCCGUGUGGACGGAUCUCACCCUGGCCGUCUACGACCUGUUGAACGACGAUGAUGAAGACGUUCGUCUACUCGCAGCUGAGGUCGUCCCUCGAAUUCUAAGCAGUAUUAUGCCCUCAGCGUCCCCGCCCGGCCAACAACUGGAACCUAUAGCCGCAAGUCAAUCACUCCUCGUCGUCCUACACAAACGCUACAGUCCUGGAACCGACGCAUCGCAUCUCACUUCCAUCGCUCUCUACCGCGGGUUCGACUUCCAACCCAUGAAAAACACCUCACUCUCCGUCGCGGAGCAAUUGACUUCGCUCUCAAAUCCAGAUACCGCUCUCUUCGCUCAAGAGAAGCAAAACCUCUUCCUCGACCACGCACGCGAAGUGAGAAUCUGGGCAAAAUUCCUCCACCGCUUACCACCACCGACUUGGACGGAGAGCGAGAUGAGCUCAUUCACGCAUUGGAUACACGACGGGUUGACGGCCCUCUCGGCCGCGGAGCUGGGAGAAGAUGGGCCACUCGGCUGGAGCACGAAGCAAGAGGAGAUGUUCACCCUUGGUUUGCGUGUCAUUCUGGGUGUGGAGGUGCUGUUUUACUGGGUCUCACAGGGGGUGAGGCUGCCUCUCCGCCCAUCGGAUUUGAGAAUGAAGGUGUUUGAGGUUGUGAAGAUUUGGGAGGUGAGGAAGAUGAAUUGUUUGUGGAGAGGGGAGAUGGAGAGGGUUCUUGCGGAGGCUGUGCUGGGGAAGACGAAGGCUGUGGAUGGGAUGGCGAGAUUUGUUGCUGGAGAGGAGGGGAGGAAGUUGAUCUGA